CCCAUCUUCAACACUUUGAUCAUCUCAUCUUUGUAGAUAAAUUGAUCGCCACAAAUCAUCCAUUGCAGUCGCCGGAUCGACACACAGCCACCACUUCUCUCCGCUCCUCCAUUGGUCAACCACCAUCAUCACUUUCAAAAACCCUUAGCGGUAUAUAGAUCCCUCUUCCUCUUCCUUUUCCAUUUCUUUGUUGAUUGCUAUACAACUCAAUUAGGGUUUAUCUUCUCCCCAAUUUGUGACUGAUCGAGGACUAUUUGGUGUGGGUGAUCCUAGAAACUAGGGUUAGUGUUUGUGUUGAAUUGGUUUGAUUGUAGUAUACCAUAGAACGAUGUUGAAUAAAUUUAUGAAACGUGGUUCACGGAAGCCCUCGAAAUCCGACACGGAUGCUUAUGGGUAUCCUCCCGGCGGCAAUCAGAAUUCUGGGUCUGUUUCCAAUUCUAAAGGCGCUGCUGCUGCCACCGGUGGGCAGUUUUCCGAUGGAACAGCUGCUGCUACGGCUACAACUGCGACCAUUGAAGUCUUGCCUAUGUUUCGGGACGUUCCGGUGCCUGAAAGACAACUCUUGUUUCUUAAAAAGUGUCAGAUUUGUUGCUUCCAGUUUGACUUUUCGGAUACAUUGGAAAUGGUUAGAGAAAAGGAGAUUAAGAGGCAGAAUCUUGUGGAGCUUGUGGAUUAUGUUCAAUCAGGUUCGGGGAAGAUAAGUGAGGGUAAUCAAGAGGAGAUGAUUAGAAUGAUUUCAUUAAACAUUUUCCGGUGUUUGCCACCGGGGUCUCACGAAAACCAUGGGUCUGUAAGCAUAGAAACCGAAGAGGAUGACCCUUAUCUUGAUCCCUCAUGGCCGCAUUUACAACUUGUUUACGAGCUUCUUUUGAGAUAUGUAGUCUCAACAGACACCGAUGCCAAGAUUGCCAAGAGGUACAUUGAUCAUUCCUUUGUGUUGAAGUUACUAGAUAUGUUUGAUACCGAAGACCCACGUGAGCGUGAGUAUCUGAAAACCAUUCUCCAUAGGAUUUAUGGGAAAUUUAUGGUGCAUCGGCCGUUCAUUAGGAAAGCAAUCAACAAUAUCUUUUAUCAGUUUAUCUAUGAAACAGAAAAGAAUUGUGGUAUUGCCGAGUUGUUGGAAAUCCUUGGGAGCAUAAUAAAUGGAUUUGCAUUGCCAAUGAAAGAAGAGCAUAAGUUGUUUCUCAUUAGGGCACUUAUACCGCUCCACAAACCUAAGUCGAUUGGUAUGUACCAUCAGCAGCUCUCUUACUGUAUCACUCAGUUUGUAGAGAAAGACCACAAGCUAGCGGAUACCGUUAUAAGGGGUUUGCUAAAAUAUUGGCCUAUCACCAAUUGCCAAAAGGAGGUUCUCUUUCUCGGGGAGCUUGAAGAAGUGCUAGAGGCAACACAGGCUGCGGAAUUUCAGCGCUGUAUGGUUCCUCUUUUCAGUAAAAUAGCUCGGUGUCUUAAUAGUCCUCAUUUUCAGGUAGCAGAGCGAGCCCUUUUCAUGUGGAACAACGAGCACAUUGUUAGCUUGAUGGCUCUGAACCGGACCGUGGUUCUACCAAUCAUCUUUGAAGCACUGGAGACAAACAUUCAGGCUCACUGGAACCCAGCCGUCCAUGGACUCACGAUUAACAUUCGAAAAAUGUUCAUGGAAAUGGAUGCAGAGUUUUUUGAGGAGUGCCAGAGACAGCAUUCAGAGAAACAAGCCCAUGCCAGAGUGGCAGAAGAUCAACGCAGACAAACGUGGCAAAGAUUAGCAGAUAGCUCUGUUGCACACCAAAUAGGGUGAGAAAUUCCGUGUUCGAUUUUUGUUUUCCGCUUUUACCCCCACAGCCGUCGUGAACAUCAUAGAAUCAGGCGAAAAGCAGCAAGCUUUGUGAUGAUAGACGUAUAGACAUGAUUUUUUUCCGGUUGGGAUUUAGAAAUGGUUUCUUGUAAUUUGUUGUUUUGUGGGUGACGAGAACUUAGAAGUGUGUAAAAUUCCAUGUACUACAUACAGUACAAUCCUUGCCUUUACGUUUAUAAGGAGUGUACAUAUUUGGGUAUAUCAUCAUCGGUUUUUAGAUGUCCGGUUGAAUUUGAUC